CGUUGUUAACGAGCUAAAGACUCGGGCUACUACCCACUAUCAUGCCUUUUAGAGUAGUAUAGUUGUGUUUUGUUAAAGAGGAAACAUGUCGGAUAUAUUGUGUAAGUGGCUAAAUGAGGAGCUGCAGCUUUCAAAAACUGUUGAGCCAAAGACUUUAGCCAGGACUUUCUCAAAUGGUUACCUCAUUGGGGAGGUUCUGCAUAAAUAUCAGCUGCAGAGUGACUUCAAUAUGUUUACAAAGAAAGAAACUUCCAUCUCCAAACUGAAUAACUUCACUCGCCUUGAGCCUACCCUCCGGUUACUGGGGAUCUCCUUCAACAUAAACACAGCCCAGGACCUGAUGCAGGAGAAGCAGGGUGUCGCCACACGCCUUCUUUACCAACUAUAUGUCUCACUAGAAAACAAGAAGAAAGCAGAAAUCAGUGGGACAAUGAUGGAAAUCAUGCAGCCUUCAGCCACUGCUGGUCUGCAUAAAAAGGAGCACGAGAUCUAUGCUGAUCGACUGCAUCAGGUGAUAAAACGUGACGCAGACCUGAAGCUGCUAAAGAUUUCAGAGCACUAUGAAGAUAAAUGUCAGCAGUUGAGCAACAAGUCUGUGAUGACUCAUUCCAUCCAGCAAAGCAAGCCUUUCAAAGAUGAGACAAGGAUCACGAAUACUGAAAAGCUGCAGGUGCGUCGACAGAAGGGCAAAGGCAUUGUGACUAAUAACCAGGCUGCUAUUGUCCAGGUCCCCAGGCCACCUCCCUACUCUUCACAGCUCAACCUAAAGAAGAGACAACAGCAGCAGCAGUGCAGAGAACAACAAGCACAGAGAGUCCAGACUGAAAUAGCCCAGUUUGAGACAAACAGGAAGAAAGCACUACCACAUGGUUCUCCUUUAAGUGGAGUUCCUCUUGGUGCAAGCAGCUGUGAGGUCCCUGGGAGUGGAACAAAGCUGGUAUUACAAUCCAACAGUAAAUAUCUACAGGAUAUUCGCCAAAGGCUGGAGGAGAGUGCACUUGCUCGUGAGCAGAGAGAGAAAAGAGUAAACAGGUUCCUGAUGGAGCAACUAAAGGCCCAUGAAGCUCAAGAGGAGGCACGGCGAGAUGAGCAGUUAGUGAAGCGUCUGACACGUCAGACUCAACAGGAGCAGCGUUUGGCUGUUCAACUCCUCCAGAUGCGUAGGCAGGUGGAGGUGAUCCGCAACAACCGCCUGUUCAGAGAGCAGCAGUUCCAGCAGCGAAGAGAGAGGGACUUCCAGGAGGCUCUGGAGAGGGAGGCGGCUUUGGCUCGGCAGGCUAAAUUGGCAGUUGCUGAAGAAAUCAAACAGGAGCUUGAGUUCUGUAGCAGGAUGGCUGCAGAGCGAGCUCAGAGCAGACACAAGAAGCACUUUACAAUCUGCAAGGGAAUUGUGGAGCAGAUAGUGGACUUGACCACCAAAGUUGGAGAAUAUCGACUGCUGGCUGGGAAUCUGAUUCCAGCAAAGGUGAUGAGAGAGUGGAAGGAACUGCUGUUCAGUGGUCUGCCUCUCUAUGAGCCAAUACAGGGCCAGCAGCCAGGGUUUGAGUUCUCUACCCCACUAGACCCUGUAGAGCUUAAGAAGCAGGACAAACUCAACAACCAGGACUAUGAUGAAUACACCAACAUGGAUGGUGAGUGGGCAUGGCCUGAGGAGGCUGGGGAGGCUAAAUUACCUCUAAAAAACAACAACAUUCUUGGGCAUGUUGUCCAGCGACUGAGGAACAUUGUUCGCCCAACCAUUGUGCAACCCUCCUCGCCUUCAUUUCCUCACUUUACCUUCAAGGCUUGUGUUCUGGGCAAGUUUUGCUCUGGGAAGACCACCUGCUUGGCCAAGAUUGCCCAAGCCCAUAGCAUCUGUGUCUUAUCUGCUUCCACUCUGAUUGAAGAGGCGUUGAAUGCUUACAAGAAUCAAGAAGAGCACUUCUUUUCAAAAAAUAAAAAAAAUAUACAGGUUCAAGGAGGGAAAGAUGCUGAGCAACAAGAUACAUCCUCAACGCUUUUGAAGCCUGAUCUUGAAAGCCGGGAGAAAAGUAGAGACAGCAGUAUACAUUUGUCCACACGGGCUAGGCAGGGAGCAGCUGCAGAAGAAGAACUGAGAAAAGGCAAAGCCAUCUCUAAUGAGCAGAUAGUCGACAUUAUAGCAGAGGCUAUUAGACAACUUCCAGCUCAUUCAGGUUGGAUCCUGGAUGGCUUUCCAACUGACAUCAACCAGGCCCACUUGCUAGAAAAAGCCCUAGGUGGAUCUGUAGAUGAAGAAAAUGAAGUUAUAAACAGCAGGACAAACCUGGCCACUGAUCCUGAUCCUCCCAAACCUCCACCUCCCCCUGCUCCUGUGCUAGAUAUGGCUCUGCUGCUGGAUGUCCCUGACGAGUGUGUGGUAACACGUGCAUACACUAACAAAGAUACAGAAAGUUCUGUAACCUCCUGUUCAGAUAGAACAUUGUAUUUGGCACAAACUCCACACAGGAUAACAGCUUUUCAGGAGACCUGGCCAAAACUUGAAGAGUGGUUUGGCGGGAAGCAAAACAUUCUGAUCCGCAUUGAUGCAGAUGUAGAUGAGGAAGAGCUUUACAAGAAGCUGGAGUCUGCCCUGCAGAAUGUUAUGUUACAAAGACAGAAAGCCUCUACCACCCCUCAAGUUUCUGAUGCAACAUUGGAAAGUCUGAAAGCCCCAGAAUCCUCUUCUUCUGCCUCACCUUCACCCGUGGACAGAUCAACAGCCAUCAAGGACAAGGCUCUUAGCCGCUCAGACUCCUGCUCGAGCCUGAAGGAGGAUAAAGCACUAAAAGUGAAGUCACUUUCCAGAUCCACACCAAACACCCCUAGAGGACAUUCAAGAAAGUCGUCAACUUCUUCUCUGAUCAAGGAGCCACAGCACUCUGCCUCACCUCUCCCUGGUUCACCCUCCUGGGUCUAUGUGGAUGAGCCCCUUCCUCCAGAAAUCUCAGAGUUUCUGUGCUCUUAUUGGGAUGCGUCCUGUGAUUCUUAUGUAAACAGCGUAAAGACAGUGAUGCAGCAGCUUCGCUCACAGCGCACUAUUAUCGACCAUCACCUUUACAACAUCAAAGAGGAGUAUAAGCGUUACCUUGGCCGUCCAGACUUGAGGCAGGAGUUAGUGUCUUGGUGGCAGAAGGACUUCAACAGCAUUGCUGAGGACGUGAGAGAGGACGAGGAUACCAAAUCAGAGCUACAUCUGAGACUAGAUGAACUGCGUGAGCGUUUGUGGGACAUCAGUGACAAACGUAAAGAGGAGGAUGAACGAGAGAGGGCUGUUCUGGGGGAAGGCUGGCUGGCAGACCACAGUGCUUUCCUUAUCAACAACCAUUCUGUGCUAAUACAGAUAGAAUUGGACCGUUUCUAUAACACGCUGCACAUCCUUAGAGUGUACUAUCAGUGCAUGCACAGACAAGGGCUUCCUGAGCUUCCCUCCGACUUGGUCUGCAUCCCCCUACUGGAGAAGGAUCAGAAUGAAAGUUCUGAACCAGCGGACACAAGUGCAUGUAGUCAGAGGGAGGAUGGAGAGCUCAGUAAAUUCAUCCCCUUCCUCCCAAAGCGUCCGGACUCCUCUUUAGGGUCUUCCAAGAUGAAAAGCCCAGAUCAGACACAACCCGUCAAGCUGCCCAACGAGAAACUGAUUUCAGAUUACGAAGAAGCCUUCACAACCAUCAGCAAAUUGGUGGCAGCAGAAGCCCACCAGGGGGAGACAAAGGAGCAGAAUGAGAAACCGGCAAAGAAAGAAAUGCAAAAUGCCCCUGCAAGUGCAAAGAAGAAGGACCGCAGGAAACAAUCGGCCAAAAAAGCUAAAGGUCCAUCAAACCCACCUUCAGCAUCCAGCCCUGCUCAAGCUGAUGAGUCAGGAAAGAAUCAAGCUAAGGAAGUCAUUAACAAGAUAGAUAAAGAAUACGCAGCAGCACUGAGCCAUGAAGAGAACGCAGCAAAGGUGCGCAUUGCUCUGGUGAAAGGUCAUGGUCAGAUGAUGCUACACUCCCUGCGCAGCAGGGCAGAACAGGCCUUAAACAGCAUGGAGAAAUGGUUACAGGAACACUACCUUGAAGAAAUGAAGAGCAUUGACCAGCUAACAGCAGUGGUUUGCCACCACAUAGAGACUGGCACUAAGUUACAGGAAGAAGCAGUGUUGGAAGGUACAGACUUCUACCUGAAUGGAGAUCACCACAUGGUGGCUAGCCAGGCUCCUUUUCCCUGUCCAUCUCUGGAGAAACAACAACAAUCCACCCCAACAAUCAAUCAACUAGAGGCCCUCCGUCAACAGCUAUGCACUGUUGCCCCAACAGGCCUCAUGUCAAGUUUUGAGUUCUCCUGUUUGCUUAUGGAUAGCAUAAGUAGAAACACCUUGCCUGAAACUUGGACUAGCAAGAAUGAAACACAGCUGAUGGAGAUUGUGUCUCUGCUGACAGACAACCAUGGUCUGGUAGACUGGCAUCGGUUUCUGCUCAGUGCUGCCCUUCCUUGGCCAUAUCCCUCCCUGACACAGCUUCUGGCUGUGCUGCAACGUUUCAAGGCAGCAGAUACUGGCCACACAGGCUAUAUUAAUAAAGAACAGUACCAACAGGCAGAGUUGUGGUUUUUCAAAGAGAGUGUCGAGCCAAUCCCUGAGGACCCCUCUGAGCUUCUAUCUGAUGAUGGUCUGGCUAAUCUUCACAUGUUCUUCUUCCAGUUGUUUGCAGACCACUCCAUCUCUCCCCCUCAACUGGACUAUGUGUCCAUGCUGCAGUACUUUGCAGCCGACCCUAACCCCAAGGAAGGCUUCCUCAGAGCACUGAGUGUAGUGUCAGGACAUCAUCUGAAGCACUCCUCAACCGACCAUCUUGUCAAGUCUAUGCCCAGUAUAGAAGAGGCAACAGAGCUCAGUACCUCAGAUGUCGAUGUAGAGUACAAGGAAGAAGAGACUCACCUGUGUGCAUCCAGUAGUUCUUUUGGUAAGCAGGAAGUAUCCAUCUCUGCUCUCCUCGCUGUCAUUUGCCAUAAAGUGGCCAGGAUGAAAGAUGGAAACCCCCUUCCUCCUGGAUGCAUCACUCAGCAGGAGCACAUGGCGCAGUUGGUUGAUGUAUUCAAAGAGCUGGGCUACAAACCAGAAGAUUGUGUCCCCUUCUCUAUCCUCUCUCAGCAUCCUUUCAUCCAGGAAAUGAUGGAGACGUCAUUACAACACCAGCUUGUUAACAUCCAUAGAGUCCUGCUUACACAACCGGAUGAGGAAGAGGCUAACAGCUUCACAGUUCCCUAAAGGAUAAAGCUUUUAUAAUGCAUACAGCUGACUCUAUCAAAAAGAUUUCCAUCUCAUGGCAUCACA